UUUUUUUUUAAAUCUGCUAGAUUAGAUGUAAUACGUUUGAUCUAAAGUAGUCGUGCCAGCAUUUGGCUUUAUCUCCUAAAAAGACAAAUAAGUCGAUGAUAAAAGUCCUCCGUAGUUGCUCCAUAGCUGUUUUUUUAAAUUCUGCAUUGGUUUUUGAUGUAUUCCAAUACUGAUUAGGAAUACUUUGAAUAUUUCCUUUAAAACUAGCAGGUCAUCGUGACCCAGGAACACUCUGCAGGUCAAAGAUCAUCAAGUUAAUGUUGAGAUAGAAACGAAAGAGAAGAAAAACAAAAAAAAAAAAGACGCAAACUCAAGUAAAAUGGUAAUUGUUUCUUGUUUGUUCAAGGAAAGGGAUUUUAUUGCUGCGACACCAAAACCUUCUGUCAACAGUUAAGUUUAUUGCAACAGUUCAGGAAGUGGUGGGGGGGGUGAAGAAUGACGGGAGUCACUGAGUUUUUCCUCAUAGCCUAGAGCUGAAAAAAAGCAAGAUGGGAAUGUUUUCUAACCCUUUUCUCAUCGUCUCCCCUUGCAGUUAGUCUGCAACGAUGAACGAAACGGGGCUACGAAAAUCUCUCCCCGACCACUCUUCAGGGAGUGGGCACACCAUCGACACCCCCCGCCAACCGAGCGUCGUCGACCCCAUCAUAUCCAAACGGGUCUGUUUCUACAAAAGUGGAGAUCCUCAGUUCAAUGGCCUGCGCAUCGUCAUCAACAGCCGCACCUUCAAAACCUUCGACGCUCUUCUGGACAGCCUGUCCAAAAAGGUUCCGCUGCCGUUCGGGGUGAGAAACAUCACCACCCCUCGGGGAGUUCAUGGCAUCCACACUUUGGAGGACCUCGAAGACGGGAAGUCAUACAUCUGCUCAGAUAGCCGCAAAGUGAAGCCCAUCAACCUGGCGCUGGCUCGUAAAAAACUGCCGCCUUGGUACCAUGCUAGACCCGUUAGCUCUCGUCGCCAGACUGUGCAGCAGGCAAGGCUUUUCCCAGGCCGGGGCAUCAGCAGGCAGGAGGCCAUAGCUGUGCGAACCCCCAAGAAGCUCGUGGUCUUUCGGAACGGAGAACCCUCUGUCAGACACACCGUGAUUCUCCACAAAAAGACGACACUCAGCUACGAGUCUAUCCUGGACUACAUCUCGGAGCUGAUGCAGUUCCACGUGGUCAAACUGUACACUCCGGAUGGAAGACGGGUUGAUGGUCUUCUGGGUUUGAUCCUGUGCUCUGGAACUGUGGUGGCUGUAGGAAGGGAGCCUUUCAGGCCGGCUGUGUACAGCGAAAAAAAAAUUCCUCCUCCAAGAAGGCCGAACAACAGAACAGGCCCCAGAAGACAAAAGACUCUAAAUCGGAAAAACAAGUCGCUAUCGUCCUCUCUGAAAUCAAGAAACUUCUCAACAUCCUCCAAGAGGUACAUCGUUCAUCAGAUCCACAACAGCAUCGCAGAGAGCUCAUGCUGUCCGGCCAGUGACCCGGCCAAAUCCGUGGAGUUGGAGUCGAACCGCAUCCUGGAGUCGGUAGCAGAGACGGAGGGUAAUUCCUCUCUCGCAGAUGAAGCUGAAAGACAGGACAGCUUGGUGCCCAGCGAUGACAACAUCGAGAAGUCCUUUCGGGUGAACCAGGAUGGUAGCAUGACGGUGGAGAUGAAGGUGAGGCUGACAAUUAAAGAAGAGGAAACCAUUCACUGGACGACUACCCUGAAGCGCUCAAAUGUUGAUCAACUUCAGGAGCCGGACCUCUGCCCUGACAAAGCAAAUUCACUGGGUUUACCAAGUGGUGCUGACAGCACCGACACCUUCAACAAAGACGAAUCUACAGAUACUGAAAACCAACCACUGCUGAGCAACGGAGCUUUCAGCAGAGAAGAGGAUGACAUGAACCACACAGACAUAGUUUCCUCAUGGAGAGCACCGACUCCAGGACACAUAAAAGUAAGCAAACAACACACGUCUGUGGAAAGCAUCACAUCUGUAACAGCAGAUGGGAUUCAAGAAGAAACGGCAGGUGCUUAUUCCUACAGAGAGAGGACAGAAAAUGGAAGAGUUAUGCAGCAGUACUGCAUGGUGAAAGAGAGCAGCACGCGACCGGUGCCCAAACCAAGGAGGCGUGGCUCCAUCGAGGUCAACAGCAGGAAUUUCUCUGAAAUCAAAGCAUCUGAAAGGACGGGAAUUCUGCAAACCGAAUCCAGCGAAGAGGAGAUUACCGAAACUGUCCUUCACAUUUGUGAACAGCAGGCCUGUCAAGACAAUUAUCUUUCAAACUUUUGCACGCCUGCAGCUGGAUUUUUCCUCAACAAACCACCAACCCAAGAAAACAGGCAGCUCUCCUCAAAUAAUGACUUUGAACUUCUAAGGCCCAGAACAGACUCUGAGAAGCAGUUAGUCACAUCAAGGUCCCAUUUCACACAAGUGAAGAUGCAAGAUGCUAAAAAAAUACAAUUUCACAAGUCCUCAAGGGAAAAGGGUCGACAAAAAGAGGUUAGUAAAGGCACAAAGGUUUCCUCAAAAUCUGCUAUGAUUAAAAAACCCCUUCUCACUCGAGCAAAGAAGCAAAAACAAAAUUCUUCAGAAGCUCACAAGUCACGAAAAAAAGCAAAAACCUUCUCCAGCGCCGGCUUCCUUAAACGAAUUUACGGAAACAAAAUGAAGUCUGCAAAAAAUAUGAAAAAAAUGAAAAAGAGGAAACAGGACGGAGAAAAAGAUUUUACAAGAGAAUCUGAUAGCACUAUAAGAACUGUUGGUAGAGAGUCAAAUAUACCGUUAGUGGUUAAAGGAAAAAUCAGUGCAAAAGUUUCUUUUGAAACCAACAGUGUUCCAGUUUCUGAGGUUACCAAACCAAGACUGCAGCGCCAGACGUCAAUGCAUAUGGAGAAAAGCAGCAAAAAGGAGUCACAUGACGUCAAUGAAAGCAAUAUUUUAUCAGCUUUUAACUCCCACAGUUCUGUUACUGGACAGUAUGUAGAGAGCUGGCUUGAAAAAUCUUAUCCAAGUCCCCCGUCAAACCCAACUCAGGAGAGUAGCAGAAACAAAAAUGGUGGCGAGUGUGAGAAAUCUAAAAAGAUUGUCGAUUUUAUUAAUGUCGCAACACAAGAGAGAACGCUAGAAAUAAAGACGUGUGAACCCUCGCUGCAAAGUAUGACGGCAACACCUGUCCAACUGAAAGGUCAGACUUUUGAAAAUAAAUCUAAUUCUUUAAUGACACACCAACUUGCAAAUGGUAUCUGCUCUGAAAUCGGUCCACGAAGAACCGAGACCUUAACGGAAACAACAGAGGGUGACAUGGACGAAGAUGCAAUUCCUUCCUAUAUGCUCUCCAUGGAACUUCCUCCUCCGCCACCUGAAUUUCUAAAUCCAGACGAGUCUUCAGCAGCCAGUAGCCCUUUAUACAGGCUUUCAUCCACAAGUAGUCAAACGUCAGAUCCUUUUCAACCAUCUAUGACUGUAAUGUCCCCAACUGACAACACAACAGCGUCUCAAAAGGAGACACACAAAACCUCUGUGAAAAGGGCUCCUUUGGUCAGUAAUGUGUCUCUUGAGAGGAAAAUGUCUCUAAGGAAAGCACGCGUGGAUGAAUAUUCACUAGAUAAUCAUGCCACAGCAGAGACAACCCUGCUACCAGCUCCUUUGAACAAUGAGAUCUUAUCUCUAGGAACAGGUAAAGAGGAAUCAAUUGCCUGCAUUCCCUCAGUUUGUACUUCUUUGUCCCCAACCAGUUCAGCAUCCUAUGAGGGAAGGUCAGCCAGUGUUUCACUAAGUGAAGCUUCAGUGUCUCAGAGUGUUCCGGAGCAAUGUACCAAAAGGACUAAAACGCCUCAUAAAGGGGCAACAUCACCUAAAACUUUGGAGAAAAAACCCAAACUGAAAAGCAGCCCAUCGCCAGAGAGGAAACCUCAACAUAAGAAGUCUGUUCAGGUUCAGAACGACUCUCCGAAACUACCACCAGUUCACAUCCGCUCUCUGAAUAAAACCGUUCUACCAAAUAUCAGUACAGAUAAACGUGCAACGCGUAACGGCAGCCCCUCCCCUGAAAGAAAGCCUUAUAGAACAAAACCAACAUCCUCAGUACACUCUCAGUCUCUGGAGGUGGUGUCCCCACCUGUCAAACACAAAACAAACAAGAAGUCGCUUCAAAGAAACCUCUCUUUGGACAAUCCAGCAGAUCCAAAAAGCAAUACUCAAGAUAAAACGUCACCUCCAAAUGAAAACAAUCAGGCCUCACAGUCAGGUGAAACCAUGUUUUCAACAGAGAUAAACACGCAAACGAUUCAGCAGUCACUAAAUACCCCAAAACAACCAAACAUGAAACCCGUUCUUGAGAAAUUAUGCUACUCAAUUAAGUCAAUUAGGCAGAUCACUCAAAACAAGCGGCCAUCAUGUCUGGAAAAAUCAAACAGUUUGCCAGACUUCUCCUCUCACGUAGCAUCAACCUUUGGCUCGUCCUCUAAAGCUCUCCUGGCGUUCCUGUCCGUCAUGACCCUGAAGGAAGGCUUAACCAGCCUAAAUGUUAAUGAGCUGAAUGCAAACAAUGUCAGCUGUGCAGAAGCACUGAGGAUGAUCGAUUCCCUCAGGGAAAUCGCAAGCAUUGAAGAUUCCCACCGACUGAAAAGCAGCUUGUCUGUUUUGCAGCAGUCUGCUUCACAAGAGCUCCUGAAAAGCUGGAAGGGCUUUCAGGAACUUGAAAGCAAAAGUCGCAGCUCGACACCCGCAGAGCAAGAGUUUGUAAACACAACUGGCCCUGAAAGUGACUGUGUUGUUGAUGAGAUCAUGGGCAACCUGGACAUUCCUACAAAGCUCAAGGAAGAGUUGGCUUCUCUUUCAGACGGAGUACGAACAGACAAUGAAGAGGAAAUAAGCGCCAGUGGGAGAAAAGAAAACUCCACAGGUGUUCUCGUACAGGAAGCGGUGUCUCAAUGUGACGAAGCUUCUAUCAAUGUGAAGUCCAUCAUCAAAAAAUUCUCAGAUGCUCCCAAGCCAAAACAAGAGAUUAUAGAGUCAGCAAAACCAAGACCAAAUGGACAGAAAAUCACCAAGGACGGUCAAAACCGUCUUGAUUCUGUGACAGUAAUUGAACCAAGUCCCCCCAAACUACCAGAACAUAGGCAGCUAUGCAGUUUGUCACCAACUGAUUUGGAACCAGGUAGAGGUGUAAGGCAUCAAGAUGAUACGAAACAGAUGAUGGAAGGCAAAGAUGAGAAAUUACCAAGAAUAAUCAAAGAGGGCAUCAACCUGACACAAAGUUUUACAACAGAGGAGGAAGACGUAGAAAAAAGGCAGCUAAAGAUGCACCGUGAACAGGCCAGCACUGAAAAUAGAAUUCCCCAAAAUGACCAAUCGGGUUCAGAUGAGACAGGACAGGAGAUGCUAUGUGCCAAUAAAGAUUUAAACCAAAAAGAGAGCUCAGGAGAAGUUGGUGCACGUCAGGUGAUGAAGCAAGAGAGUAGUGAGGGUGAAGACUUGUCAAAACCUGAGACUGGAAAACAGCUGAGUUCCAAUUCCUUCAGUAUUAGAAGUAAGAAAAGUACAGAUAGUGGUUCCGAUAGUGAAAGUCAGGCUUCAGAGAGCCAACAGCACGUUCGUGCUGGCUGUAUGGGUCUCAGCAUAAGCACUGACGAGAGCACAGGGACCUCAGAGGGAGAUGAUUCCUCUUCAGAGGAAGACCAACCGGCAUCCGACUUCAAGAAACUGCAGGUCAUAGUUGAGGAAAGUUUUUCAGGUAAUGAGGAAGAGGAGGAGGAGUACUUAAGCGAGCCUCCCAAGGUGCAACCAAAGAAAAGUAGGGAGUUAGAAGCUUUGAUUGAAGAGGUGGAGGAAGAUCAGGCAAGCUCUGGAGAAGAAGAUCCAAUAACUAGCCAGCCAAAAAGUCAAAACACUCUGAAAGAAUAUCGCAACUUAUACAUCAUAGAAGAUGAGGGCAGUUUGAAUAUAUCUGACAGAGUAGGAAAAGGGUUUGAAUUUAAAAAAGAUGACGACAGUGGGAAUGACCACAGCAGCUGUGAAGAACUUGGAGAAGAAGAGCCACACAAGGCCGAAGACCAGCAGAACAGUAGCUCAGCUGAAGAAGAUAUAAGUUAUUUUGAGAAAGACAACAGCUUGGAGGAGGAACAAACCACUAUUAAUAUCCGUGUAGAAGAAAGUUGUGUAGAACCUUCUGGAGUGGAAGCCGAAGACCAGCAGAACAGUAGCUCAGCUGAAGAAGAUAUAAGUUAUUUUGAGAAAGACAACAGCCUGGAGGAGGAACAAACCACUAUUAAUAUCCGUGUAGAAGAAAGUUGUGUAGAACCUUCUGGAGUGGAAGUAAAAACAGACGACAUCAAGCUUUCUGAAAUGUUUAAACCAAAUCCUGAAGAAACCAAAACCCAAACAGUUGCUGAGAGAGUGAUUCUUCUAGAAAAGCAGGUUGCAGAAGCACAGAAAGCAAUGACAACUCCAAGUUGCACCAUUAGACGUUUCUCGCAGAGAAAAGGCCAUCUCGACUCAGAUGAUGAAGGCUCUCCUCCUGAGUUGGUUCUGUGCACCCGCUCGGCUCCUCAAUCGUCGCUGUCUUUCAGCUACGACUCCAGUGGAGUCGUAACCACUGAGCCUGAAGGAAGCCGGGUCCGCUCCAUCAGGGAGAUGUUCCUCGCAAGGAGCUCCGCGGACAUCCAUCAGAGACGCUUCCAGAGCCCAAACUCAUCUGAACUGUCCGAGCUGAGAGCAGAGACAUCAUGCAGUGGUGGCUACCAGUCCCAGACCACCAGUGAUGCGUCCAGCGGUGAGGACGACACGGCGCGGAAAUCCAUCACCAAAGGCUUCGUGAGGAGAACCAUUGAAAGACUUUAUGGAAAUAAAGAACCCAGCGCAGAGGAACCAAGCGAGACUCCCCCAUCUGUGCCGAACCAGAAGAAGAAGGAACCGUCGAGCAUCUUCUCACCUCUUCACGCUGCUCGUUCCAAAGCAAUGUCUGAGCUCUCCUACUUCAGUUCCACAAGAGCGCUAGACGCCUUCAGCGAGGCCACGAGAUGCAUCGCUUUUAACGCACAAGUGGCGCCCGGAGACAGCUUUCCCAUCGAUUACAACCAGUGGCUCAUCAAAGACAACACAAUGAUUAGAAAGUCCGCCUCAGAUCCCGUUGGAAUCAACAAAUCCUUUAAGAACACGACCCAAGAAGAAAGGCCGCAAAAAGACACAGAGGAGAACACGCCAUAUUCUCUUUUUUCCUCUGAACCAGAAAUAGAAGACAAAACAAAGUCACAAUCGACAAAGUGCACCUAUUUCUCCUUGCCCCAUGCCAGCGACUCAGAGAUUUGUCAGGAUGACCUGAGCACGGCGAGUAAGAGCAGCGUGACAGGGGACAGUGUCACAGAAGCGAAGGAUGCCUCAGAAGAACCCAAAACAUGGACAGAGAGGAACGGCAUGCUGCCCGGUGUCAGCAUCACAGACUUUAAGAUGAUGGAUAACAAAGUGCACCCGCUCCUAGAGCACCCGCCUGAAGGUGAGGUCGUGGUCGUGCAGCCAAGGAAAGGUCAAGGGAUCGUUAACAGAAGGCUUCAGGAACCCGAUGUGUUGGACUUACUGUAUAACUUUUGUGGCGAGCAUUGCCCUUUAUUGUGAGAGCUUUUGAUUCACUUAUUUAACCUAAAAAAUGUGCUAGAGUUUAAUAUAUUUGAUGUGGUGCCAACAUUGUAACGCUCUCACAGCCUUGCUAAGCUAAACCAUUAAUACGUCAAAAAUGCAUAAUUCCUCAGAUUGCUCAUAUACACAGAGCUAAGCUUUCGGAAAAUUCUUAAAAUUGAUUGUGCCAUGCACACUCCAGAGCAGCUCUCCUUCUACAUAGUUUGCCUGUCAAACUAGCAAGCUGCUGCAGCAUUAAGGUAAUCUCUUCUUAAAACCCUUUAACCUGCUCAGGUCCUCGCAGAUGUCGGGGAAAAAAAAGCCAAUCCUGGCUGAGGGAAUUGUUUAGCUCAUGGUUUACAUCUCCAGUUGCUCUGGAGUUUAGAGGAAAAUUAUGCAGCUUUAUUUUAUUGGAAUAUGUGUGUAGAAAUUAUAAAUAAAUGGAUUUAGACAUUUAAUAAUAGAAUUCACUGUUUUGGAGGUUUUACAAAGAGGCAGCUGUACUGUUUUUGUCUUUUUAAAUGGAUGUGUGUCAAUAAAAGUGUUUUCUUUGUGCAUUUUUUUUUAUUUUUAAAUCCAAAGACACUUGAACAAGUCGACCCUCUUCCUGGUUUGGGUCCGAGCUGUUUUCUCUGUCUCAGUUUGAGGAAGUUUCGGGUGUUUUUCUAAGGUUGUUUUGUUUCUCAGAAGUUGUCAUUGAACUGCCCAGUGUUGUGACAGGAGGGUUGAGGAAUGCACGCCUGAAGGGGAGGGGGACGGGGGCGGCGUGUUUACAUCAAAGACAAGCAACACAUUCCCACAAUUACAUCACAGGGAUUUGAGAUCAAAAUAGUAAAAUCUUGAUUUUUUUUUUACAUAUUGACCACUAGAGGUUGCUGUUCAUCAACAAAACCCAGAGGCCGAAAAAAGAUGUUUAUUUAAAUAAAUAUUUACAUAACAGCUUUGUAUGAAUCAAAUUAGUUUUCUUACACAACACAUCUCUUUAAAGCGACUAAUUUAUAAAGAAGAAAAAAAACGGGAUAACAAUAGGAGUUAUUGAUUUUGGGCACACAAUUAUAUGUUUAAUAUUCACCGUCAC